UGUCAAACACGAAAAAGUGCGAGUUUGUUUGCGCUAGUGUAAUGGCUCCCUAAGAUUUCAAACCUCGCUUACUUUUUCAAAAGGUUCUAUCAUCAUAGGAAACCCAAGGCGCAUUGGUUGUUUUAAAGAUGUAAUUUCACUACGCCUCGUGACCUCGCCGUUAAUGGGGGGUGGCAGCACUGCGGCACCUGUUGAGGAGAAGGCCACGUGGUUCAUUCGCGUGCGUUGUCAUGGUUUCCGCCUAACAAACUAACCCCCGCCCGUUUAUUAUGACAACGGAUCGUUUUUGAGUGAUUUAUAAGUUGGUUACUUGAAAAGAUUGGAUAUUUUGGAUAGCUUUUUUUUUUUGGUCGGGGAAAAAAUGGAUUUCGAGGAAAACUUGAUCAAAAUACAAAACUCAACCGAGUAUUUCGACACCGUUAUCGGGCACAUCGAGGACAUCGUGAUUGGGGAGGAAUUUCAGACGCUGGUGAACCAGUUUAUGGAUUGCUACUAUCUGGUUUUCGAGCCUGGCGAGGAGAACAAAAUCGCCUACACGGAAAUCUACCAAAAGUACCAGUUUCUGGUGGAGACGUUCAUCGUGGAAUCGCUCAACGACCGGAUGCGGAACAUGUUCGACAUGGAGCGGUUCGCAAGGGAGCUGGAAACGCGUAGGCGCGCCCAGCUGGACGGGGAAAUCUUCGAGCUGCUUUACACGCUGACCGAUUUUUUGACCUUCAAGGAAAUGUUGCUCGACUACAAAUCGUUCAAGGAGGGCGCCUACGACGAGCUGAGCCAGGACUUUAGCGUGACCGGGUUGCAGAAGCAGUCGUAAAUUGUCGGAUGGAACGGAGUAGAAUAGAGUUUUUUUCAACGAUGGCAAUGACAGAGUAGUUUUAUU